AUGCUAACAAAAGCUUAUUGCGUUUCUCUUGUUAUUCUCUCGCUCCACCCAAUGCUUAUUGUCAGCAUUCGUCACACCCAAUCGCCAUCAAAAAAGCAGUUAAUUAUAGACACUGAUGGAUUCUCGGACGAUAUACGCGCUAUAUCGCUUGCCUUGCAGCAUCCGAAUGUGGAGGUGCUGGCGUUCACUACCGUUCACGGUUGUGUGACCGUAGAGCAAGCCACUGCAAAUGUCGCAAGAUGCCAACGUGCAAACGCACUUAAGCAUCCUAUACCUAUCUACAAAGGAGCUAGUGAAUCUCUAUUAAACAAAGAAAGCAAUCUCAAUGGAAUGUUUGGCGACGGAUUAGGAAACCAACCGAAAGCAUUCCCAGAGCUCCGUGAUCGUGACUUCGUGCCUACGUCUGAAGAAAGUGCUGCAUUAGCACUCGUUCGCUUAUCGCGCAAACAUCCAGAAGCAACACUGGUCUGCCUAGGACCGCUUACCAACGUGGCUAUAGCACUGAAAAUAUACCCAAAAUUAACCUUUGCCAAAGUAUUUAUCAUGGGAGGAAACUAUCAAGGAAUUGGUAAUGUAGCAUCGAACUCAUCAUCAGAAUUCAAUUUUCAUGGUGACCCAGAAGCUGCGUCAAUAGUUAUAAGCAAAUUGGCGGAAAAGAUUGUAAUGAUUCCAUGGGAGGCUUUUUUCACUGAAGGCGUCAAGCAUGAAAAACUAGUGGACUUUGACGCGCAUUUGCGAUAUAAUACAAAUCUGUCGUCAUUCCUGAAUACAGCCACGAGUGAAGUUCGAGCUGAAAUGGCGAAAAGUAAUCGCCAGAAUUCAUACUGUGAUGAGAUUGCGGUUGCUGCUGCCAUAGACAUGAAUCGAGUGGCUCGCAAGUUGAUGCACCUGAGAAUAGAAGUGGAACUUUUUGGAGCCCAUACUAGGGGUCAAGUGGUCGUUGACUGGGUGGAUGUUAUCUGGAAGAAGAAGCAAUUUGUUGCUGUUCAAGGACUAAGAGGAAGGCUGCCUCCCAUUACAUUCAUUGUCUCUUAUGAUGUUUUCUUAGUCGACAAAUGGAUCCAUAAGGCCGUAAUAGGCCAUCGUGGGAGAUGGUGAUUAGAAUUUUCAUGGUUGCAUGCGCUUAUCUUCUACAUUAUGUAAGGUACAAUACCGCUUACACAAUGUGCAAAAUUUCC